AUGGUCAUCUUCAUUUCCUCUCUGAUGGUCGUUGCCACAAAUCAAAGUUUCAUCUUCAUGAAGACCACCCUCUCUGCCAUGAUUGACCUGGAUCGACUCGUGCAUGGUGUCGGUAGUACUUGCGAUUUCAGACUCUUAGGGCCGUGGCUCGAUGGCCACGAAGCCGAGGAACGGAGACCGCUGAGUGUGAUGCGGUCUUUUGUUCAUAUGCUAAUAAUGGUCGGAUACCUUAAGAUGAUCUUCGACUGGUUCCAGUCCAGCUUGGCAGAUAGUACGUAUCAGUUCAUUAACAGCAGUGCAAAGCGAUAG